AAGCCCGACGGAGAGGAAGGCGGGGCGGUGGUAGUAGGCCCAAAUCAACAAUAUGGUGGCGUGGGGCUACUACGGUGCCCAAGUUUGAGGGGGCUCAGAGGCCUCGCCUCGCCGUUCUACCUCAGAUCUUCCUCAGCUCGCCCGUCAUGGCCCGGCAUAGGAAUGUGCGUGGCUACAACUACGACGAAGAUUUUGAAGAUGAUGACCUUUAUGGGCAGUCUGUAGAAGAUGAUUACUGCAUCUCACCAUCAACAGCUGCUCAAUUUAUUUAUUCAAAACGAGAUAAUCCUUCAGUCUCUGGCGAGCCAUUAGAGGAAUAUGAUUAUGAAGACUCAGAACAUAGCAAUUUUAUCUCCAGUCACCAGCUGACUGGACUUGAAAAAGCUCAACUUAAUUCAUGUCUUGAUCGUAUGAGAGAAGUACUUGGAGAUUCAGUGCCAGAAAAAAUGCUGGUGGAAGCAGUACUCAGAAGUAAAUUUGAUAUACAACAAGCUUUGGAUUCUAUCCUUGCACAAGACAAUAAGCAAAAUACAAAAACCAAGAAUGAGGAUAAUGUGAUUGCAGGAAAGCCAACUAAAGGAAAAGUGAAGGAUUCUCAAGCCACCAGAAUAGAUGCUGACAUUGUGCCAAAAGUUACCAAAAUGACUGUGUCGGGAAAGAAGCAAGCUACUGGCUUUGAAGUCCCAUGUGCAAAUGUGGAAGAGAAUGGACAUAAUACCUUUAUGCCACAAAAAGGAUUCUCUGCUGGUGAUGCCAUUGCAAAUAUGGGGAUAGCUGAGAUACUGCCUAAAUCAACUUUUCCCUCCCAGACCAUUCAAGCAUCAGAAGACCCAUCAGUGGUACCAACUCCUGUGAAAAAGUCUGGAAAAGCCAAACAACAAUUAGAUGUAAAAGCUGAGUUGGAAAAGAGACAAGGAGGAAAGCAUUUGCUUAACCUUGUAGUAAUAGGACAUGUUGAUGCAGGGAAAAGUACUUUAAUGGGUCAUUUGUUGUAUCUUCUGGGUAAUGUGAACAAGCGAACUAUGCACAAAUACGAGCAAGAAUCAAAGAAAGCUGGAAAAGCAUCAUUUGCUUAUGCAUGGGUCUUAGAUGAAACGGGGGAAGAGAGAGAAAGGGGAGUGACAAUGGAUGUAGGAAUGACCAAGUUUGAGACAAAGACAAAAGUUAUUACACUAAUGGAUGCUCCUGGCCAUAAAGACUUCAUUCCAAAUAUGAUAACAGGAGCUGCCCAGGCUGAUGUGGCUGUAUUAGUGGUGGAUGCCAGCAGAGGGGAAUUUGAAGCUGGUUUUGAGACUGGUGGACAGACACGAGAACAUGGUCUCUUAGUUCGAUCACUGGGAGUAACACAGCUAGCAGUUGCAGUCAAUAAAAUGGAUCAGGUCAAUUGGCAACAGGAACGAUUUCAGGAAAUUGUCAAUAAACUUGGACAAUUCCUUAAGCAAGCUGGCUUUAAGGAAUCAGAUGUAGCUUACAUCCCUACCAGUGGACUUGGUGGUGAAAAUCUUGUUACAAAAAGUCAAUCAAGUGAACUGGCCAAAUGGUACAGAGGAAAAUGUCUGCUAGAACAAAUUGAUUCUUUCAAGCCACCCCAGAGAUCAAUUGAUAAACCAUUCAGGUUAUGUGUAUCAGAUGUUUUUAAAGAUCAAGGAUCAGGAUUUUGUGUGACAGGUAAAAUUGAAGCAGGAUACGUCCAAGUUGGGGAACGACUGCUCGUGAUGCCUCCUAAUGAAACUUGCACUGUGAAAGGAAUUGCUCUACAUGAACAACCAGUGGAUUGGGCUGCAGCUGGAGAUCACGUUAGUCUCACUUUGACUGGCAUGGAUAUCAUCAAAAUCAAUGUUGGUUGUAUAUUUUGCUGUCCCAAAGAGCCAAUUAAAACAUGCACACGCUUCAGAGCUCGGGUCCUUAUCUUCAAUAUUGAAAUACCUAUCACCAAAGGAUUUCCUGUACUUUUAUAUUUUCAAACUGUAAGUGAGCCUGCUACUAUUAGAAAAUUAUUGAGUGUGCUUCAUAAGAGUACCGGUGAAGUUGCCAAGAAAAAACCUAAAUGUCUGACAAAAGGGCAGAAUGCUUUAAUAGAACUACAAACCCAAAGGCCUAUUGCUUUGGAGCUUUAUAAAGACUUUAAGGGACUUGGGAGAUUUAUGUUGCGCUAUGGUGGAUCCACUAUAGCAGCAGGAGUAGUUGUGGAGAUUAAGGAGUGAUAACUGUGCCAGGACAUCUGCUAUCCAGCCAAAUGAAAUCAUACGCUCAAACAUACUUCUUUGAGGAAUCCAUUUGUAUUUGUUGAAGGAACAAAGAUAAUUAUGUAUUGGCAAUUAUGUACUGGGUAUUCUGCAAACAUUUCGAGGCCAUUAUUGCUGUAGAACAAUUUGCCAGCAAGGAAAUACUCACUGCACUUUCUCAUUGCACAUGUUUCAGCAUAUUCCCAAACUAAAAUGUCGUCCAUCAGUAGUUCUAGUGGAUCUUUUUCAAAAAUUGAUUGGAAUGAUGUAUUAAAGGAUGGUGAUUCAUCAUGAAAAAAAAAAGUUACUUCCAGCCUUAAACUUUGUUUACAAUUUAUAGGGAAAGCUGAUUCUUUGCUGCAUGGUAUUUUAUACAGUACAUCAAUUGGGCUAAAAUAUUCCAAGUUUUAUACAACUAUGUUUUCAAAGAAUCCUGUUUCCUUUUGUUCAGAAAACAUUAUGUAAUGCUGCACCUAGAUAUUAAUUUUUCUCCAUCCUAAUUUUAUUUAAAAAUUUGAGUAGAUAUAGCUUGUCCAAUAAUGACUAAUUUUAUUUUUUAAAUUGUAGAACUAUAAUAAAAUAGUCAUCUGAGCAUAAUAAUGUUGGUUUUUUACAUGGUCUUUUAUAAAUUAAAAUCCCGACAAAAAGAGUUGGUUCUGAUGGAACAAAGCCUACCUUUUACAUGAUUUCCCUGACUGUUGUAUUUGAAAACGUACCUGCUAGUGCAACUCCCCUAAAAUUAUGUCAAAAUGAAUGCUUUAUAAAUUAUAAUUUUAUCUGAGUGCAAGAAUUGAAAGAAGUAUGUAGUCGUUCAGGA